GUCUCUCUCUCUUUCACUGCCUGAUUCUCUCUCUGCAGCACUUUGGUGUCCUCUCAAUGGCUGAAAGAAAGAGAAGGAAGCAGAUUUCUGAUGGCAGUGACAGCUGCGAUGGCAAUGAUAACUGGAGUUUAUAUCAUUUACCUCCUGGAUGGCUGAGCUUGGCUCUAUCAGCAACUGAGGAGAAAUUGGAGCUAAGAGCUUGGUGUGAUCUUCCUGUAGAGCUUAUUGAAAAAAUUCUGUCCAGACUAAAGCUAGAAGAUAAUAUCCGUGCCUCAUCAGUGUGCAAAAGCUGGCACAAAGCUGCAGUUUCUGUUCGUGUGCUGAAUCAAUCACCAUUGCUUAUGUACUUUCCAAAGUGUGGUGACAUGUAUGACUUCUAUGACCCAUCAGAGCGCAAAUCCUUUUCUAUUCAGUUGCCAGAGUUGUAUGAUUCAAGAGUUUGCUACACUAAAGAUGGUUGGUUAUUGCUAUAUCGACCCAAAACUUACCGUCUUUUCUUCUUUAACCCCUUCACCCGUGAGAAGAUUAAACUGCCAAGGCUUGAGAUAACAUAUCAGAUCGUUGCUUUCUCAUGUGCCCCAACAUCUUCAAGCUGUGUGGUUUUUACGCUUAAGCAUCUCAGCCCUAGCAUUGUUCUUAUCAGCACCUGCCAUCCUGGGGGAGAAGAGUGGGUCACCAUUAAUCACCGGAAUCGUCUGCCUUUUGUGAGUAGCAUUUGGAAUAAGGUUGUUUUCUGCAAUGACCGCUUUUAUUGUCUAAGUCUCACUGGUUGGAUAGGUGUUUAUCAUCCAGUGGAGCAAAUCUGGAAUGUUCUUUCUGUGCCUCCACCCCAAUGCCCUGAGAAUUUCAUUGCCAAAACUUGGUGGAAGGGCAAAUUUAUGACUGAGCACAACGGUGAGAUCUUGGUUAUUUAUACAUGUGUUAGUGAUAACCCACUUAUAUUUAAGCUGGUUAAGUCAGAAACGGCUUGGGAAGAGAUGAAAACCCUUAAUGGAGUGACACUGUUUUCCGGUUUCUUGGCAUCUCAUGCAAUGGAAGAUCUUCCUGGAAACAUGAGAAACAAUAUCUACUUCUCCAAAGUUCGUUUCUUUGGAAAACGCUGCAUAUCAUACUCUCUUGAUGACAAACGAUACUAUCCUAGUAAGCAGUGCCAUGACUGGGGAGAGCAAGAUCCUUUCGAAACCAUUUGGAUUGAACAGACCCAGGAUGCAUUGUCCUUUCUUGAAGAAGAAGAACAGUAGCUGUGCUACAAGUAUAGUACCAAAUUUCCUUACCAAGAAAUUCAUAGUCGAGUUCUUUUUUGAGGCGGACAUGAUGGAGUAUUUGAGCGGCCAAAGUUCCCAAAAACUUCACAGAACCAUUGCAAGAUGGUGUUAUCUUGUUAUUUCUUAGUUUAUAUAAUAAGGUUCCAGACAAUGUUCAGAUGAAAAUCUGAAUUACCCUUUUUUUUAUGUUUUGUCAACUUUCUUUAUGUUCGGCCAAGACUCUCUUUAUGUGGCUUGUUUUUCAAGUAUAAUAAUAUAUCAACUGCAAU